AUGCUUUUGAAAAACUCUUUUGCAGUACUAGCACUGAUAUGCACAUAUAUCAACACAUCUUCAGCAUGCAAUCCUUUAACACAACUGGACUGCUCACCUAAUCCUGCUCUUGGCGGAUCGUUCCAAGAAGACUUCUCCAAUGGGCUUGGCUCCUACUUUAAGAGCUUAAACAAACAAGGUACCAUCGAUACUGGUGACGAUGGCUUGUCAUUGACUUUAAAAAAGAGAUUUGACAAUCCUUCCAUUGAGUCAGACUUCUAUUUGAUGUUUGGCUAUGUCGAAGUUGUGCUCCAAGCAGCUGAAGGUAAAGGUAUUGUCUCGUCUUUUUACUUGCAAUCAGAUGACUUGGACGAAAUUGAUAUCGAACUAUUUGGAGGAGACAAUUACGAAUGGCAAUCCAAUUAUUUUGUUCAAGGACGCACCGAAACAUACGAUCGUGGUGGAUAUCACCAAAUCUCGAACCCAUUGACUUCUUACCACACAUAUGCCAUAGACUGGACCUCUGAGAGAUUAAACUGGAUUGUUGAUGGACAAGUCAUUAGAACAUUAUCAAAAGACGGUCCCCAAGGAUACCCACAAUCUCCAAUGAAGAUUUUUGCCGGUAUCUGGGCUGGUGGUGAUUCGCUGAACCCUCCAGGAACAAUUGACUGGGCUGGUGGUAACCCAGACUAUAGUCAAGCCCCAUUCACAAUGCAUAUCAAAUCUGUUGCCGUGGUGGAUUACUCCACCGGUGACAGCUAUUCUUACGGUGACCAAAGUGGCUCAUGGGAAAGUAUCAAGGCUGAAAAUGGUGAAGUCAAUGGAAGAUUGAAGGAAGGACAAAGCGAUGUUGAUAAGUUGACUAGCGGUGGUAGUAUCGAGGACAGCGCAGAUGUUAAAUCUAAUAGUGACCUGGAAAGUAGCACUGAAGCACCUGAAUCAUCAACUGAAUCAUCAACUGAAUCGUCAACUGAAUCAUCAACUACUUCAUCAACUACUUCAUCUUCAUCUUCAAGCUCUUUGUCAGAGAACACAAUCUCCUCGGUAGAAUCAACUACUUCUACAGAGAAUUCCGUUGUAUCUACAGAGCAACCAUCUAGUUCUUUACUUGGUGAAAGCACGCCACAGUCAACUGUUGAUUCAUCAACUUCAGUUGCACCAACUUUGGCCUCCUCACCAUCAUCACCAUUAUCAUCAUCACAAGCACAAGCACAAGCACAACAAACUACUCCUACUACAUCAUCAACUAAAUCGUCAGAAUCUCAACAACCUUCAAGCACGAGUUCAGAAGCACCAGCUAUUUCAUCUGCAACUUCAGAAGACUCGGGUGUUAGAUUGUUGUUCAAUGGUGAUGGAAUGUUGAGCGUAAGAACCUAUUUUGCAUAUGUUUUGGUUUCUUCAUUAUUUGCAUUUGCCCUUUAA